GCCGCGCUGCCCCGCUCCGGGCGCUACGGCCUGGAGGCGGGUCUACGCCCUCCUCUCCACUUCACACGGUACCGCCCCCACUGGCUUGAGGAUGCCCUGGGCUGAGCGCAGGGCCAGACAUGCCCCGGCGUCGGCCCAGCUCCUGUGCCCAGCAGAUGGCGCCCGAGGGGCUCCCCGGCGGUGGCGAUCGCAGACGGAGAGACCCGCUGCUGCCGAGGCUGCUGCUGCCCGAGCUCCGAGCAGCCUCUGGCGCGGGGGCCUCCGGGGGCUCCAGGGCUUCGGAGGGCGGCGCCGAGUGGUGGGAGGCCCCCACGUGUGAGUCCUCAGCCUCGGAUCCCGGGGUGGGCGUCAGGCGCCCCCGGUCGCGCCUGCCCGUCCUGCCCACCGUGGCCCAGCGGGCGGCCCGGAACCGACCAAGGCUGAGGUCGCUGCUGCUGCCGCCCACGCUCUUGGCCGGCGAGCCCCGGGAACCGGCGCCCGGGCCUGGACAGUGCGAGGAUCCCCGCAGGGGCUCGGCCAGGGAGAACCCCGACUCUUUGGGCGACUUCCUAGGAGAGCUCCUCCCCGGCCGGUCCCGGCAGUUCCUGUGCCAGCUCAGGCCUGAGUCUGCGAAGCAGCCGCGACCACCGAGUGAGGCCCCUACGGCCCCCACGGGGGGGCUGAGUCAUUUCCGGUGGGGGUCCCACCACCUGGCAACUGAGGCCCAAGGCCAUGCAACCAGGAAGAGCCUGGUAAGGAUUGUGCCCAAGAGAAGACUCAGAACUAUUUCCACCUCCUCCUGGCUCCCAGCAUCCUCACCAUCACAACAUCAAAGGAGUGUGUCAGAACACUCUGGAAGUCCUCCGCAGUGUCCCCGCUACUCCUUCCUCCCAGACCUGGGGCCCCACACUACACAGGCCCCCAAGCUCAAGGCCGUGCUCACCCACAGCUCCUCGGGGGAAGGCUCAGGGCACUGCAGGCGGUGUUGCCCUUUCCGCGUGCAGUUUGCAGAUGAGACGCUACGGUACACAGCGCUCCGCUACUGGGAACGCAGCUGUGCAGUCCGGCAGGGCAUCCUCGAGAACAGGACAGCCAGCGGGUCAGCAGCAUCGGAGCAGGUGUUCGGGAGUGUCGGGAGAUGGCUGGAGAGUUUGCCCAAAGCCCUGUAUCCCAGGGCCAAGGAGGACACCACGGCCAACUCAUUCGGCUGGGACUCCCGUGGCCUGUCCACCCUGGAGCCGAAGGACCACCUCUCUGAGGACACCUCUCUGAACAGCAGCCUGCCCUUCAUCCCCAGGCCCACCACCUAGAGGCAGCGGAGCGGGGGCACCUCAAAACCUUUCUGGAGCAGGAGUCCUUCCUGCCCAGCUUGGUGUUGCACACGCGGUCCUGAAACAAGGCCGCCCUAAGGGGCACCAGCUUCCCCGGCCGUCAACAUCACGUCGCGCUCAGAGGUGAAUGGCUGCUGGUGCCCAAGCCCAGGUGUGGACACGGGGGAGGGGUGAGGAGAGGCCUUCCCUGACCCACAAAUAAACGCACAUCCCCGGUGGCUGGUAUCUGCUGUCAGGGCUCACCUUACAAACCUCUCCUAGUUGCUGGUCUUUGGGGGUCCUGGGCCAGGGGGAGGGCUGGGGCGGAGUCACAGCUGGGAUGAAGAUGGGGGGGCAAGGCAUCUUCAGGGGUCAGGCUUAUUCCAAAUGAGCCCCUCUUCUGGGAGGUGGGAGACCCUGCCACACAUCUCAAACCUGGGACCAAGCCUCUGUCAACCUAGAUCAGCCCACACCUGAAACAGGCACCUGCCCCAACCUCCCCCAGCCCAGCCUCCAUCUUUGACAGGAACCAAAGGCUGCUUGCGGACCUCCCCUGUGGGGUGAGGGCAUCCAGACUGUGGCCAAAGGGACAAACAUUUGUCUUCUGUGUUCCCAGGCCAGAGUCUUAUCCCUGGAGGGCAAGCAUCUGGGUGGGCAGGGGUCAGAUGUUUCUCUCCCACUUAGGGGGGCAGUGUUCAGGGUCACACAGGAGGUGGCGCAAGACAAGGUGGCAGGAACUGCCUGGAGCUUUUCCGACCGCUGCACUGACCCAGCAGUUCACCCCCAUUUGCCUGUCUGCCGGGUUUGGCCCUGCCACACACCUGCGUUCCAACUGCUGGGCAAAGUUUGGGCCCCUCCCCUCUCUCCUAGAAGCGGCGCUUUGGCUCCAACCCCUCGCCAAGGCCGGGAUCGAGGUCUUUAUCGCCACCUCCUGGCCAGUGAAGAAACAGCCACGGAAUCCACACCCAGGCGCAGUGCUGAAUAGCAAAGGCUGGGAUUUGGGUUGGACCGGCCGUGGGGAUUUUAGGGCCAGGACGGGUUGUGGAUGGGGGAGAACUGUUUCGAAGGAGGGCCCUGGCUCCAGAAAAGGCCACGGAUCUACCAACCCUGUGGGGAUGGGUUGGAGCAGUGCUACCAUUCCCCUUCACUGGGGAGUGUAGUGGGAUUCCGAUCCCUGGGAUGACCUAUCCCCUCCAUCCCCACUUUCUGGACUUUCACUCCUCCCCCACUCCCCCCCCCCAGUACUUAUAUUUCCUGGAGAGCCUACGGGUCCCGGAGGAGGCCUGAUUUUACUGCACCUUUUCUUCGUGGCCUUGCACAGCCCACCUGGCCCUCUCCGAGCCUCAGUUUCCCCGGCAGAGCCGCGGCGGACCCCAAACCGGCCACCGGCUGCAGCGUCGCGCCGCGCCCACGCGGGGGCAGUGUUGGCCUGGCUUUGGCACCGCCCGGCGCGGCCGAAACUUCUCAGCCUCUUGCUAAAGGGUCGGAAACUUUUCCCCUCGCGCGGCGCUCGCGUCUCCGGCCCUGCGCCGCGCCGCCUCCUUCCACCUGCCCGAGUUCGCUGCCGGACCGCGGGGCGGGGAGGGGAGGCUGCCCAACCCCCAACUUCUCUUUCUCGCUUUUCGUUGUUCAACCAAAAUACUGCUAAGCUUGCAACAGCGCCGUCAGCCACGAGCACUGAAGAUUGAGUCCCGCGUGCAGCGCACAGCGGCGGGGGGCGGCCCUGCGGCGUCGGGGCUCCCAAAGCGGGGCGGCCGGACAGCGGCCUCCCGGCGGGGACCUGCCCGGUGGGCUGGGGAUGGGGACCCGGCGGGCGGCCACGCGGGCUCCC